UCCAUUUUGUGGCCUCUUUUUUUCUGAGGAGAUUCUCCCUCCCUCCAUUUUGAGGGGAGAAAAAAGGGAGAUUUUCUCUCCUCUCCAGCCAGGAGUCGGGGAAGGUUCCCCAAAGGGAGGGAGGGAGGUGGGGGGGAGAAUCAGCAGCCCCUCCCGGUUCUUUCGGGGGAGCCCCAGAGGAUCCCAGGGCUGGAGGGGCCCCCAGAGGUCAUCCAGUCGGACCGCGGCCCAAGCAGGAGCCCCCUCCACCCUCCUGGGGGUUUCCCUCCGGGGCCUCCGAGCUGCCUGUGGGCCCUUUGAGGGCGGCCUGUGUGUGUGUGUGUGUGAAUGAGGCCUGCGGAGUCCUGGGUCGGCCAUGGAGGCCCUGAAAAGAGGGACGGAGAUUCCGAAAUAGGUUCCCUCCGUUUCCCUCCUUCUGGUGGCUGGGAACCUUCCCCUUCCUGGGUGGAUGCGCGAAGGAGGCCCUCAGGCUGAGCCCCCCUCGGGUUCCUUCUGUUCCUUCCUCCAGAGCCCUUCUCUCCCCUCCGCCUGCAUGGAGGGCCUGGGGUUUUUUUUUCCUAAUGUGUCUCUGUCUCUGUUUCUGUCUGUGUUUUUUUUAAAAAUUUUGCAAAGUUCUGGUAACUAGUUUUUCAUUAAAGUUGAUUUUGUUCUUAGAGACUGGCCGCACUUUUGCAUGAGCCCUUUUGUGUGAUGCCUUCGAGGAUUAGCUUUCAAAAUAAAGUGAAUUUUGGCUUUGACUCAGCAGGGAGCUAAUUCAGAUCUGUGCCAUCCUCUGACACUAAGUGGCCCCUGGGAUUUUUCUCUUUCACCACAAUGCCAACAAAUGUCUCAUUUCUUUUUAUUUUAUUUUCAGCCACAAGUGUCGUGUAUUCCCUCUGGGCUCAGUUCCAAGCAUGGAGCCCCCAAACCUCUCAAUUCUAGAUGAUGAGUUUAAUUCCAUCUCUGCCCCUGUUAUUAUGAAUCACAUGAGGAUUUUUCUCUUUUUAUUUCCCUCCAGAGAAUUUCCCAACCAUCUUUGAGUCCAAGAAUUAAUUGAAUUAUCCAGGGAUCCCUCCUGAGAGGUAGAAUUAUAAUAAAAGUUUCAGCUCUGCUCUUUGGCCGAAUCCUCCAGGGGAGACUGGGCAGAGAAAUAGGGAAUUUGGGGACAGGCAGAAUCUGUGCUCUUGAAUGUCCGUCUCUCUCCUUUCCAGAUGAAGCUGAGAGUUUCUCUGUGUUUCAAUCAGGAAAGACGCUGCAGAUUCCAGUUUCUGAGAGUCCUUUGAAUUCUUCUAAUUCUUCUUUAGAAACAGGAAAGGGAUUCAUUGAUUCACCCCAUGAAUUAUGGACCUCCUGCUUCUGCUUCUGAUGCUGCUGUUGUCCCAUCCAGUCUCUGGGAAGCUGAGAAUGAAAUGCCCGCUGAGUUCGGAGCACCAGGAUGGAAAACAACCAUGGAGCUAUUACAGCCCAGGAGACCAUCUCAUUGGUAUAGUCUACAGUGGAGAGGAAAGAUUGCAUAUAAAGUUGCUUUUCAGUGUGGCUCCUUCUGUUCAGUUUGUUUUCCGUAAUAUGAAUUUUUAUAAAUUUAGAAAUGGCUUACUAUUCAUUUUGGCCACUCAAAUGGUCAACAAGAAUUCCCAGCUCCUGCACAAUCUCACACUUGGCUACAACAUCCAUGACAGCUAUUGGAGCACUUUCCGCACUUUAGAUGCCUUGCUGGACAUUCUCUCCACUGGAGAAGCCAAUGUCCCCAACUACGGCUGUGGAAGGAAGGAGAACCUCCUGGCUCUUCUUGAUGGAACUAGAAAGGAUAUCUCCAUUCAGAUGGCAACAUUAGGAGGCACCUACAAAGCUCCACAGAUCAAUCUUGAAACUGCUUCAGAGGCUCUGAGUGACAAAAGUAAAUUCCCCUUUUUCUAUCGGAUGAUCCCCAAAGAAGGGAUCCAGUACCCAGCCAUUGUCCAGCUGCUCCUCCAUUUCAGAUGGACCCUGAUUGGCCUCUUUGCUUCAGACACUGAGAAGGGAGAGAAUUUUAUGAGGACUUUCCCUCCUAUGCUUGUCAGGAAUGGAAUUUGUGUGGUUAUAUCGCAACUGUUCUCAACAACUGAACAUGCAGAAGCCCCCAGGGAGGCCCUCUCUGAGUGGAGACAAGUCAACGUCUUUGUUCACUUCAUGGAAUAUGAGACCAUUUGGGACAGAAUUCUUCCUUUCCAUGAAACUCUUCUCCGUUUGCCAGGAACUGUUGAAGGGAAAGUCUGGAUCCUCACACAUUUUUUAGGGCACACACUAAACAAGCGCAGACUUCUCAAAUACGUCCAUAGUAUUUGGAACUUUGCUUAUCUGACAAAAAGUAAGGCAAAGGAUGAUGCCUUUGAAUCCCAGUUCUUUGUAGAAGACAAGUUUCAAGAUCUUUAUUUUCUCUGUUCUCUUUCAAAGAACGUCUUUUCUGCCAAAGGCCGCAGAAGAUGCACCCAGAAAGCCCCACUGGAGACCCAGGAGAAAAGGAACAGGAAAAGGAUCCCAAAUGACUAUCACCAUUACAGUCUCAUUCAGACUCUGGCCCAUGCCAUGAAUGCCGCCUAUUCCUCCAGAUCGAGGAGGAGAAGGAAGGAGGGAGAAAAGAGGUUGGGGUCUCCAAGGCUUCAGCCCUGGCAGUUUCAUCCCUUUCUGAAGAAGAACGAGUUUUGCAAUAUUUCUCAGAGAGAAAUGUACUUGGAUCAAAAUGGAGAGAUAACGGCAGAUAUGGCCAUUUGGGGCUUCUUGGUUCUCCCCAAGGAGGAUGCCAGGAAACGGAUUCUGGCGAAUUUUAAAAGACAGAGAUUUACUAUCAAACAAGAUGCUCUUUCAUGGCUAAAGUUGCUCAAUAAGUCCCUGCCUCAGUCCAAAUGUGUGGAAAAUUGUCACCCUGGAUUUGUCAAGAGGGUGCGAGAAGGAGAGCCAGUUUGCUGCUACGACUGCGUUCCUUGUCCAGAGGGGACCUUCUCCACUCAGGAAGAUAUGGAAAAAUGCACCAAGUGUCCAGAUGACAAAUAUCCAAAUGUGGACAGAGUCCAAUGUAUCCCCAAAGUUAUAACCUUCCUGUCUUAUGAAGAACUUCUGGGCAUCAUCCUGGUCUCUUUUGCCCUAUUCUUGUUCUUAAUCACUGGCCUUGUUCUAAUCAUCUUCAUUAAAUACCGAGAAACUCCCCUUGUCAAAGCCAACAACCGGGACCUCUCCUACAUCCUCCUGGUCUCCCUCCUGCUUUGCUUCUUGUCUCCUUCUCUCUUCAUUGGUCAACCAAGGAAAGCCACCUGCCUUCUCCGACAGACGGUCUUCAGCAUCAUCUUCUCGGUUGCCGUUUCUUCUCUCUUGGCCAAAACCAUCACGGUGGUGCUGGCCUUCCUGGCCACAAAACCAGGAAACCGGGUGAAGAGAUGGUUGGGGAAGAGCUUGGCCAACUCCAUCAUCCUUUCUUCUUCUGCUGUCCAAAUUAUCAUCUGCUCCACCUGGCUGGGAGUUUCUCCCCCCUUCCCUGACUCUGACUUCCACUCCCAGCCUGGAGAGAUCGUCCUGCAAUGCAACGAAGGGGCCGUUGUCCUGUUCUACAUCACCCUCAGCUACAUGGGUUUCCUGGCUGCCGUCUGCUUCACGGUGGCUUUCCUGGCCAGGAACCUGCCUGGGGCCUUCAACGAAGCCAAGCUGAUCACCUUCAGCAUGCUGGUCUUCUGCAGUGUCUGGGUGACUUUUGUGCCCACCUACCUGAGCACCAAAGGGAAAUACAUGGUGGCUGUGCAGGUCUUCUCCAUCCUGGCCUCCAGUGCUGGUCUGCUGGGCUGCAUCUUCAUCCCCAAGUGCUACAUUAUCCUUCUGAGGCCAGACCUGAACACAAAGGAGCAGCUCACAGCCAGAAAAAAUGUAAAAACAUGAGACAUAAGACUAUUAUGACAUUUAAAUAAUUGUAAGAUUUACUUCAAUUUGAAAUAAAUUAUAAUUUAUUUCGA